AUGUCGAUUACGAACCGCGAGUCCCAACUAAAUGUGCAAUCAAAGCUCUGCAUCGUAACAUCCGCCUCCAGCCCCCUCGGCGUCAGGAUCAGCAAAUCAUUGUUGAAAGCCAACGCGAUGGUUCUAGGCAUCGACUCCAAAGCCCGAGAUUCGACAUUAUUUGCUGGUUCUGGCACGCAUUUCCAGUUUGAGGAGUUUACUGUCAAGGACAAGCAUUCGGCGGUAGAGGUCAUUGCCGCGGCCAAGGAGAAAUUCGAUCAGGACCAAAUCGAUGUGCUUGUCAAUAUCGUGGGCCCGGAGCAGGAGAAUGACAUGUCUGGGGCGAAGGAAAUGGCAGAUGCUGCAGCAUUGGCGAUGAAGCAGCAGGGGAAAGGCAAAGUCGUGAUGGUCUCUGAAGAUGUUGAAUCAGACUCCGUUCCGCCGGCCUUGGUCCGCAGAGUUUCCAGAAUUCCCACAGAAUGACCCAUGCUGACAUUGAAUAGAGCGAUCUCACCAAGAGUCUUGCUGUUGAAUACUCAGAUGUCGGAAUCGCGUUCAAUAUAAUCCUUCCGCAAGGUGAGUCUGCAGCUCUGAUAUCAGUACUUAUGGCUGACCCUCUUACCUUAGCUACCGGCGGAGGUGAUAGGCAAUCGCAGCAUGCCUUCCAGGAAGCCAAGGAGGCGUUCAACAAGCUACAGCGAUCCGAUGAACCACCUUCAAAGCUACAUGACGUAGGUGUAGUAGCUUUGUUCCUGGCCAGUGAUAUGAGCGACGGUCUCGACCAGAGGAUCGUUCGACUUGACGGAACCUCUUCUCCGCUGUGA